CUGCGGAAGCGAUAGCGCUGGCUAUAAUACCAUAUCCUCAGUAGUCUCUACUUUCUUGGAUGUUGGCUGGUUGCUCUAUCUACUGUUUCUGGAAGAUAAGCUUUCGGAAGAAGUUCCGUGUCGCGGAGAGAAGUGCUGUUGAGCAUGUCGGACGUCCCUCCAGAUGCCGGGAAUGAGCUCGCACUAGAGCUCGCUCUCGAACGGAUCUCGAGAGUACGCGAUCUCGUCAGGUGCUCGACGGUGAGCAAAUCGUGGGCUGACGCCGUCGCGCGGACUGUUCUACGCAUUAAUGUGGAUUGUACCAGCGGAGGCAUUUUCGGUCCUGCCUGCAUUCCCGACGAAAGUGAUAAUGACGGGGAGUGCAGUGACGAGUACAAGGGCGAUGGGCUCACGUACGGGAGCUUUCUUAAGGCCGUUCGCGUGUUCCCCCAGCUGACGUCACUCACGGUCACCAGCAUCCAGCAAGCAUUCGGCGACGCGUUUCUGAAAACCCUAGCCUCCUCCUGCGCUGUUCUCGAAAUCCUGGACCUCUCCUGCAUGUGCUAUGGCGAAGGCGACGACGAGAUUACCAGGUCCGGGCUGAAUUCGCUGUUCGCCGGGUGCCCCCAGCUGAAACGGCUGUCGUUUCAUCUCGGCCACGUCAGCGCCAAGCGGAAGAUCUCGAACGUACUGACAACCACUUGCAGCGCUUCGAGCCAUCCUCGUCAUCAUCACGAUGACGUGGCGUGGAGCGAGUCCGCGCUCUUGAUUCCGUCCUCUAUCACGCUGCUGCCUGCUCUGGAGGUUUUGGAGAUCACAACUGACCGCUGCUUGGUCCUUGGACGGAUUUAUGACCCCCCCAACCGGAAAUACGGCCAGUCAGAUUCGGCCAGGAUGAUUGAUCAUCUCACGGUUGACUCUCCUACAGAUUCUUCGCCAAGCUUGCAACGCUUCCUCCCUCCCUCCCUCAUCCAGCUUCAAUUGUUGUCGUCUCACCACAUCGUCCUUCCUGGCAUCUCCACCCAUCAUUCAAGUAAACGUUCUGACAAUCCAAACCAGCCUAGUACUACUGCUCUCCAUUCAAUGUCACCCUCUCUUCCCCAACAUAACCCACCGUCUCUGUGGGCUGGACUCAAAUCUGUGAGACUCGGCGUUUGUUGUGACGGUUUGGUUCCAGCGCUUGCUCCGCUCUUCAGACAGGAGCUGACGUCACUGAGCCUUUCAGCCAACCAUGCGACCAGAUGUAACAUUCGGAGCCACGCUGGAUUCCGCAUCAUUCAAGCGGAGACAGAAAUAGACUCCCUCAUUUCCAUGCAUCCUUCUCCCACAUUCUCUUUCACUGCACUCUCUUCCUCAUUCUCUUCCGCUUAUUCCCGUCUCCUCUCACUUCACCUGGAUCAGUGCCCCGACCCCGCUCUCCCUCCCUCUUUCCUCCCCUCUCUCACUCGCCUGACUGCCCUUUCCUUCUCCCACUGCCGCCAUUUGAAAGCCCUGCCGCCUACCAUCAACCUCCUCUCCGCCCUCACAUCCCUUCACAUGCACUCCUGCCAUGCUGUGGACUCCCUCCCCCCUGAAGCCCUCUGUCUGCCGGCACUCAGGUCCCUGCCAGCCCGCUUGCAAUACAGGAGGUGACGUUGCGGGGAUGUGGUGGGUUGCGGUAUGUCAAUUGGGAGCUUUUAUUGUGGAAGACUCUGCAGGGUUUGGCGGAAGUGAUGGUUGAUGUGAAUGUGGAAGGAUGCCUGGAGUUGAGGGGCAUGGAGAAUGUCAUGCGUAUGCUGGGGAAGACUUUUGGUAGU